CCUUAAAGAGACAGUGCACUUUGGUAUGAGGCACAGACGGCAGCCUGGCUUAGCAUCGUUGGGAGGGAGCGAUAUUUGUUUCGGGGACACGACCCACAACAUUGAGCACGUCGAAAGUAACUGCUUCCGGGUUCCUUAAAGAGACAGUGCACUUUGGAUCUGCGAGCGAUGGGGCGAGAGAAGGACGGGAAAGAAAACGGUAAGGCCAAGCACAAAGUCACUAAAGUGACGAAGACGCUAAGCGACGAUGACACCAUUCGUCACACCGCAAAGCCAACAAAAUCUACAGCGAAAACUACGAAUGGAAAACUCCAGAAGGUUAAAGCACCAAAGACUGAGAAGCUGGAAUCACCUAGCAUUUGCAGCGAGCCAGAAAAUGAUGACUUCACUACAAAGAAGAAAGGAGUAAAAAGAAAACGAAUCAAAGAUGAGCCUGCCGAUGUUCCCACCAGUGACACACUAAAGCGCAAAAAUAAAAAAAGGCAACAUUCAGUAGAAGAAAGUGGAAAACCUCUGAAAAAGAAUGCGAAGAAGAAAACUGAAACGGAUGUGAAAAUAGAGGAAGGAGAGCAACCAGUCUCCAAAAAGUCUAAGAAGACAAAAGAGGAGAUCAAGGAAGCAAGAGAAUUGAAAAUAAAACAGAAGGAAGAGGAGGACCAGAAGCGCUGGCGAUGGUGGGAAGAAGAGAAGUAUGAAGCUGGGGUAAAAUGGAGGUUUCUGGAACACAAGGGACCCUACUUCCCGCCUGACUACCAGCCCCUACCAGACAAUGUUAACUUCUACUACAAAGGUAACCCAGUGAAGCUGAGCCUGGCAGCUGAGGAGGUGGUUCUGUUUUUUGCUCAGAUGUUGGAUCAUGAAUACACCACUAAAAAAGUUUUUCGAAAGAAUUUCUUCACCGAUUGGAGAAAGGAGAUGACGGACGAGGAGAGGUUGUUGAUUCAACAUCUUGACAAAUGUGAUUUUUCAGAGAUUCAUGCAAUGCAUAAAGCCAAUGUCGAGGAAAGGAAAAACAUGAGCAAGGAAGAAAAAUUGGUUUUAAAAGAGGCCAAAGAGAAGAUAGUGGAGGAGUUUGGCUACUGUAUGCUAGACCACCACCGAGAACGUAUUGGAAACUUCCGGAUUGAGCCCCCAGGACUGUUCAGGGGUAGAGGCGAGCAUCCCAAACAAGGCAAGCUAAAGAAGAGGAUCCAGCCUGAAGAUGUCAUAAUCAACUGCAGCAAAGAAUCCUGCGUUCCCGCGCCUCCUGCCGGCCAUCGGUGGAAGGAGGUUCGACAUGACAACUCUGUGACGUGGCUGGCCAGCUGGACGGAAAACAUCCAGGGGGGCAUUAAAUAUGUCAUGCUUAACGCCAACUCCAAACUCAAAGGUGAAAAGGACUGGGAGAAAUUCGAGGUUGCUCGCAAACUUAAGAUGCGUGUGGAUGACAUCCGUAAACAGUACCUUGAGGAUAUGAAGUCCAGAGAGAUGUGCGUUCGACAGAGAGCUGUCGCCCUCUACUUCAUAGACAAGCUGGCACUAAGAGCUGGGAAUGAAAAGGAAGAGGGAGAGACGGCGGACACAGUGGGCUGCUGUUCACUACGUGUUGAGCACAUCACGCUCCACAAGCAGCUGGAUGGCAACGAUUGUGUAGUGGAAUUUGAUUUCCUGGGUAAAGAUUCCAUUCGCUACUACAACAAGGUCCCUGUCAUCAAAAAGGCAUUUAAGAAUCUUAAGCUUUUCAUGGAAAAUAAGGACCCUGGAGAUGAGCUCUUUGACCGCUUAAAUACCACCUUGUUGAACAGGCAUCUGAGCUCCCUGAUGCCAGGUCUGACAGCAAAGGUUUUCAGGACAUACAAUGCCUCCAUUACUCUGCAGCAGCAACUCAAAGAACUCACAAAUGAGUCGAUGCAAAAUGCUGCAGAGAAACUGCUGGCCUACAACAGAGCGAACCGAGCGGUUGCAGUUCUCUGUAACCAUCAGCGGGCGCCGCCAAAGACCUUUGAGCAGACUAUGGCGAACCUUCAGUCCAAGAUUAUCACGAGAAAAGAGCAGCUGACUCUUGCCAAGAAGGAGCUGAAGCAAGCUAAGAAGGACGCCAAGAAUAAAGGCAGCUCAGACCCCAAGCUGGAGAUGCUGGUCAAGAAGAAGGAAGCAGCUGUGAAGCGUUGUGAGGAGAGUCUUCUGAAGCUGGAAGUCCAGGCCACUGACAGAGAGGAAAACAAGCAGAUUGCACUGGGUACCUCCAAGCUCAACUAUCUUGAUCCACGAAUCACUGUGGCUUGGUGUAAAAGAAUGGGGGUACCUAUUGAAAAGAUCUACAAUAAGACCCAUAGGGACAAGUUUGCCUGGGCCAUCGACAUGACAGAGAUGGACUUUGAGUUCUAACGUUUAACUUGGACAAUUUUAAUUGCUGUAAUGCAAUUAAUGGACCUCUGUAAUUACAUGAUGUAAACUGUUCCAUUUAUAACAUGUUCUCAUGCUAUUGUUAUUUUACA